AUAAACUCAUUAUACUACUUAGUUUAUCAAAAUUGAUUAGACAUACCAUCAAAAUUAAUGGAACUGCCUGCUUUUGGUUUAUUUAUUUGUAGGUUUUGUAAAACCUUGCAUUCUUUAUUCAUUAUAGCUAGAAUAACAAUAAAACAUCUUCAAUACUACUGUAGGUAGUAGAAUUUUUCAAGAACUUUAAUUGAAAAACUUAAGCAAAUAAAUAAUAUUUUUUAAAGGUAUUUACUACUCAAUCAUGGUAUAUUCUCUUCACAUUUAAAUGUGGGAAGGGACAACGACAUUAUGAUGUACCUACGGUACAUUAAGAAGAGACGACGGUACAUUAGUUAUGUAAAUCAAGUUUACGUUGGAUGUGAAUAAAAGGAUAGUCGGUAUAACUUUUUAUGCGAAUAAUCGAAUUCUACAUGCAAAUUAAUUUAAAAAACGACACGACAAAAAUAGUUUAUUCCGUAAACUUUUGAUUACAAUAAUAAGAAUAAUAAAAAUUUUGUUACCUGAAAGUUUAACUACCUACUUCAUAGCAAUUUUGGACUGAGGCAAUUUAAUAAAAAGACGAGAAAAUUUUCCCGGGCCUAAACCUGCAAUAUUUUCAUUACCAAUUAGAUGACACUUGUUUAAUUAAAAAGUCAUGAUAUAAAGUCAAAAAUUCUAUCUCAAAAACGGUUUAAUACCUAGGUUAUAUAUAAAACCGUUUUUGAUAAAAGAUGGUCCGACGACCACACGCCGCUGUCGCUGGCGUACAUUUGCGGGGAGUGGGGACGCGGACGUGGUGAAAUUUUUUCUGGGGUGCGACACCGACCUGUACCGCAAGCUAUAGGCAACUCCAGCACGCUCAUCGAUCCCGCCAAGUGACACAUCGCCAUCAUGCAGCUGCUGCUGGACUAUCCGCACUCCGUCAUGUUACCCAGGAUUUCCCACUGGCAAUUCCCCUACAAAGUCUCUACCCACCCAGUUUGUGUGCACGGUGAGAGGAAACAUGCAUCGGUCAAACUCCGACAUUGCGACCCUGGAGUAGAGCCUGGCACUGAAGUUUACCACUAUGUUGAAGCUGCUAACUGCAAAUGCCAAGUAUGUUCUUCGGAGGACACGAGUUGUGAAUGGCUACCCCCAGAUUCUUCUCUUAUUGGUGGUAUUAUUAAAGAGGAAUCUGAUGAGAUUGAAUAAAACAUGGCAUUAUUUUGAUAUUAUCGAAAGACUUUCCUGAAUUAUUUUGUAAAUGCAAGUUACACUAUUUUUGUUAAAUUAAUUAAAAAUAUGCGUUAAAAAUAUUUUUAUUAAUCCCUGGGUAGCAGGCUAUGAGCAAGUCUCUCUAACUUGUUUUGUCUUUUAUAUUAAUUGUCAGUAGAACAGUUUUACUUUUAACCAAAGAUUUUAUAACCAGUUUAAUCUAUCACUGGUUAAAAAGAUGAUAUUUUUUAGAAUACGCGCUACUUCUUUUAAGGUUCCCGCCAUAAUACGUCACAGACUUAAGUAUACAAUGAACCCAGUCAACUUUCACCGGCCAACGUUUAAGUGAUUUUAGGUUAAAACUAGAACCCCGACCCGUGAAGGUUGCUGUCACUGUCAGUUAUAAAAAAAAACUAUUUUAAUUGUUUGUUGAUGUAGAAAGGGAGGUUAUGUUUAGAGCUUUUUAAAAUUAGUAAAUAUUAUAAGACAUUCGAGCCUAAAAAACAAAUUAUGUUAGAGCCAUGGAAUGAUAAAUCCAUUUUACCACCUCCAAUUAAUACAUCACCGAGUCAAAUAAGUUUCAUUUUAAUUUAUAUUAUUUUUCAGGUAUAAAAGAACUUAAAAGUUGUUGUAAUACCAUAAUACGUGUGUUAUCCAAGCAGUCACCGCUCCACAAGGAAAGCGCUAUAUUUUCCCGAUUUCUAUAUAAAUUUGAUAAAAAAUU